ACACACACGUACUCAAAUCUAAACUCCCGAACAUCACCGCCGCUCUCGUGGAUAAUUAUCGUACCCGAUGUUUCCUCAUUUUCAACAACACAAAUUCAACGAGAACGCGUAUUGCGUUCGUUCUCCUUGUAUAUAGACUUCGUGGUUUUUCGUUUUCGACCUAUCACAUAUAGCUCACAUAACAGAUUUAGUGUCUUUUUACCACAUUACUAGCAAGAAACUGUUCAGUAACGUAGCUAUAUACAGGCUCCAUGUGCUCAGUCGUGUUGUGGCUACAUGAUGAUAGUUACUGGGUAUAUAUGGUGGCAUUAGAGAUACGCAUGAGCACCGAUUUGAUUUUAAAAGUGAUUUAUGUGGAAUAAAUACAAUCAUUUAUAAUAAUAAUAGAAAAAUAUAACAUUUAUUUACAAACGCGUUAUUAUCUGUUUCACAGUUACAUUUAUUUAUAAUAAUGGUAAUUAAGAGAGAGAGAAGAGAGAGUAUACAUUAGGAAGUUAUAUUUAUCAUUAACAUUGCCAAUGAAUAUUUCCAAAUGAUAUAAUCAUUAAUGUUCUCUCAUAUUUUUACUCAGUCUCAUUGAAUUUAAGUGCAUUGUUUAUUGUUGUUAAACUUUGAUAUAAAUUUAAAAAAAAAUAAUGACCGCUGUAUCAGCGUCUUUUCAUGAAGGAGAUGAUGAAGUGGAAGAUGACAAUGAUGCAAAUGAUUAUAAUCCACAAGCAAAGUUAAUUAAAACAUUAGAAAGAAAUGGAAUUACAGCAGGUGAUAUUAAAAAAUUAGAAGAAGCUGGUUAUCAUACCGUAGAAGCAAUAGCAUACGCCCCAAAGAAACACCUUAUUUGUAUCAAAGGUAUUAGCGAAGCUAAGGCAGACAAAAUAUUACAAGAAGCAUCUAAAUUAGUGGUAAUGGGUUUUAAGAGUGCUACAGAGAUACAUCAAAUGCGUGCAAAUAUUGUUUAUGUUUCUACUGGUUCUACUGAGUUGGAUCGAUUAUUAGGUGGAGGAAUUGAAACGGGUUCUAUCACAGAAAUUUUUGGAGAAUUUAGGACAGGAAAGUCUCAAUUAUGUCACACGUUAGCUGUAAAUUGUCAAUUACCUAUAGACAUGGGAGGAGCAGAAGGUAAAUGCCUUUACAUAGAUACAGAAGGAACGUUUAGACCAGAAAGAUUAAUUGCUGUUGCCGAAAGAUACAAAAUCGCUGGCGAUUCUGUUCUUGAUAAUGUCGCCUGUGCUAGAGCUUAUAAUACGGAUCAUCAAACUCAGUUAGUAAUACAAGCCAGUGCUAUGAUGACAGAGUCCCGAUAUGCUAUGUUAAUUGUCGAUAGUGCAACAGCUCUUUAUCGUACUGAUUAUUCUGGUAGAGGAGAAUUGUCAGCUAGGCAAAAUCAUUUAGCCAGAUUUUUGAGGAUGUUACUGCGAAUAGCAGAUGAACAUGGCGUAGCUGUUGUUAUAACUAAUCAAGUAGUAGCUCAAGUCGAUGGUGCAGCUUCUAUGUUUGGUGGUGAUCAAAAGAAACCAAUUGGUGGUAAUAUCAUAGCGCACGCAAGUACGACUAGAUUGUAUUUACGUAAAGGUAGAGGAGAAACGAGAAUAUGUAAGAUUUAUGAUUCACCUUGUUUACCAGAAAGUGAAGCAAUGUUUGCUAUAAAUGCAGAUGGUAUAGGAGAUGUAAAAGAAUAAUACAUUUUGCUUCAGUAGAGUAUAUUUUUGAUAAUGUAACAAUAAUAAUAGUUUAAAAGUCUGUUAAACUCUGUAUUUCUUAAAAUAAAUUAUACAUUGUUUUUU